AUGCUCCUCCAGCGGCUCUAUCUCAUCCUCUUAUUCGCUAUCGCCACACACCAACAGUCGCAGAACAAUGAUUCCGCUCCCUAUCCUUCGUCGACAUAUCCUGGCGCGGAAUCGCCCAAUCCAGCUGCGAAAGUCGCGGCAGAUUUCUCACCCCCAUACUAUCCAUCGCCAUGGGGCACUGGAUCGGGAGCUUGGGCGGACGCGUACGCGAAAGCGAGGGCAUUUGUGGGCCAAUUGACGUUGACUGAGAAGGUCAAUUUAACUACCGGUGUUGGCUGGCAAAGCGAGCGAUGUGACUCCCCUCUUGGUGUCAGAAGUACCGACUACAACUCUGCGUUCCCAGCUGGUGUAAAUGUGGCUGCAACAUGGGAUCGAGGACUUGCCAACGCUCGAGGGGUAGCAAUGGGUGCUGAACACAGGGACAAAGGUGUUGAUGCACAAUUGGGGCCCGUUGCUGGACCGCUAGGGCGCUCGCCUGAAGGUGGAAGGAACUGGGAAGGUUUCAGUCCUGAUCCGGUAUUGACUGGCAUCAUGAUGGCGGAGACGAUUCAAGGGAUCCAAAAGUCGGGCGUUAUGGCCACAGCAAAACACUAUAUACUGAACGAGCAAGAGCACUUUCGGCAACAACCCGAAGCCCAAGGCUAUGGCUACAACAUCAAGGAGGCUUCUAGUUCGAAUAUCGAUGAUGCUACCCUACACGAGCUUUAUCUCUGGCCCUUCGCUGACGCUGUCAGAGCCGGAGUUGCCAGCAUUAUGUGCUCUUACAAUCAGGUGAAUAAUAGCUACUCUUGUCAGAAUAGUCACCUACAGAAUUAUAUCUUGAAAGGGGAGUUGGGCUUCCAAGGCUUCAUCAUGAGUGAUUGGCAAGCCCAGCAUGCUGGUGUCAGCACAGCCCUUGCUGGUUUAGACAUGGCGAUGCCAGGUGAUACCGCAUUCAAUAGUGGAAAAGCCUACUGGGGUGCUAAUCUUACGAUUGCCGUGUUGAAUGGCACAGUCCCCACCUGGAGACUGGACGAUAUGGCUACGAGAAUCAUUGCGGCUUGGUAUUAUGUCGGACGCGACCACGAAGCCGUUGAUGUCAAUUUUGACUCGUGGACAAGAGCACCUUUCGAUAAUGAGUAUUACUUUGCUAAGGAAGGAUAUGGUUUGGUCAACGAGCUGGUCGAUGUUCGUGAUGAACAUGCCAACUUAAUUCGCCAGAUUGGAUCAGCAAGCACAGUUCUAUUAAAGAACACAAAUAACGCCCUACCACUCACCGGAAAGGAGAAAUUUACGGCCGUAUUUGGCAGUGACGCAGGAGAGAAUCCCUUCGGCCCGAAUGGAUGUGAUGAUCGGGGUUGCGAUAAUGGUACUCUUGCGAUGGGAUGGGGCUCAGGCACUGCGAACUUCCCCUACCUAGUCACGCCAGACACUGCGAUCCAGAGCGAAGUCUUGCAGAAUGGCGGCAUCUACCAGUCAAUUACCGACAAUUACGCCGGAAUUCAAAUCCCAGCCCUUGCAGCUCAAGCUAGCGCCGCGAUUGUGUUUGUCAAUGCUGAUUCUGGAGAAGGCUAUAUCAACGUCGACGGCAAUGAAGGCGACCGUCAAAAUCUCACUUUCUGGAAAGGUGCUGAUACGGUCGUCCAGAACGUAACAGCAGGCUGUAACAACACAAUCCUUGUAAUUCAUUCUGUCGGCCCCGUGCUGAUAGGCAAUUAUUCUGAUAAUCCAAACAUCACUGCUAUCCUUUGGGCUGGUCUACCUGGCCAAGAAUCGGGUAAUUCAAUUGCUGACGUUCUAUACGGUCGGGUGAAUCCAGGCGGCAAAUUACCCUUCACCUUGGCUCGUACGCGUUCGGAUUUUGGGACAGACCUCCUAUACAAUCCAAACAACGACCAAGGAGCCCCACAAAUCGCGUUUUCUGAGGGUGUAUUUAUUGACUAUAGAUCGCUCGAUCAGCGAAAGAUCGACCCAGUCUAUGAAUUUGGCUAUGGUCUCUCGUACACCCAAUUCUCCUACUCGAGCCUUCAAAUAUCUAGUGUCAGUCCCAACAAUGGAAGCACUUACACACCGACUGUUGGCUACACCGCUCCGGCCCCUACAUUUGGGAAUGGCAGCACCAAUCCAGGUGACUAUCAAUUCCCGCCCAAUAUGACGGCCAUCAAAGGAUACAUCUAUCCAUACCUCAAUGGCACGGAUCUUGCUACGGCGGCAAACACGACAGGCUAUGGCGACAUCAGUUUCGUGCCACCAAAUUCCCAGAAUGGCUCUGCUCAGCCUUUACUCCCUGCCUCAGGACCAUCCGGCGGGAAUCCGCAGCUCUACGACGUGCUCUAUCAAGUCCGUGCCACUAUAUCAAAUACAGGCCAAAGAGCUGGCGAGGAGGUAGCCCAGCUUUACCUGUCGCUUGGUGGACCUUAUGAUCCGCCAAAGGUGCUGCGCGGUUUCCAAAGACUUAGCAUCCAGCCUGGUGGCAGCACAACGUUUGAAGUCGAUAUCACUAGGCGAGACAUCAGUAAUUGGGAUACGGUCAGCCAGAAUUGGGUCAUCAGCAGCUCACCGAAGACUGUUUAUGUGGGACCUAGCUCGAGAAACCUGCCGUUGACUGCAACACUGCAGUAG